GUCUGUAUAGUCGUUUGCGAUCCCGACCGACGAACAGUCUUGAAAAGUGUUCAGAAGUGUUGCAGAUCUUUUUUGACAUAGUAUUUUGUAUGAGAAUAACAAACAUUUCAAAUUAAAGCAUAAAGUUUUUCACGUUUACCGGGAAUUUAAUAAACCGUUUAGUUGUAUAAUUUAUAAUUUCAUAAAUCUACGACUAUUUAAUAAUGAUCCGUCGUCAGAUGUACACGAUGAUCGUCUUUGUAUUCGGAUGUCUCGUCUUAUUACCGGACUACAGCAAAGCUAUCAAUUGUUGGGUGUGCUCCACGGAUACGGAUCAACGGUGCAACGACCCGAUGAACAUGACCAAAGGUGCGAUCGAGGACUGUAGCAGAGCACCGCAUUCGGCUUUCUUGCAGCCUGUGUGCAAGAAACAAAAACAAAGAGUGAACGGCGAGCUGCUAAUAAUCCGGUCGUGUGCUUGGGCAUCGGACAGCCGGAGCGAUGAUGGCCCAUGCGCCAUAAACACGCCCGCGAACAUACGCAUCGAACACUGCAGCACGUGUGAUCAAGACCUUUGCAACGGCGCGAUGGUCAUCGGAAGCUACACCGUGUUCCUGACCAUUAUUUUGGCGAUCGCGACCCAUCUCGUUACCUAUUAACACCAGCUUUUUUCAUUAUUACUCCAAAACGCGCUCUUUCCGCCUCAACAGAACAGUCAUACGAUACUCACGUAGGUAUAUGGCACACAUUUUUUAGAUACCUAUAUAAUAUAUAUACUGUAUGUUUAUGUAAAUUAUAUUAUUAUGAUUUUUUCGAUAUUUAA